GGUGCGGGAGCCCCGCCUUCCCAAACACAGCGUGGAAACAAAAUCUAGCGCUUCCCGAGCACCAGGGAACCCCGCCUCUCGCCACUCGCCACUCGCCAUUGGCUAAGUUGGGGAGGCUUCGGGCCCCGCCCUCCGACCUCUGAUUGGACAGAAUCCCCUGUACUCAGGAAGGCAACACGGAAAGAGAUUCACUCAAAAAACUAAAAGUUAUGGAGAGAAGCGCCGGACGGACUCCGUCUGUUGCGGCUGCUGCGUAGUGGUUAGCGGGGUGAAGAGUCUCCGCAGAGGCGGCGCAGCGCGGAGCUGAGGACGAGGACCCGGUGGGGGUUCGUUGUUUUUCAUUAGAGGGGGCUCAGGCCAGCGGCCGGCCCCGGGAGGAGGAGGAGGAGGAGGAGGAGGAGCAGGUAUGUUUUCCCGUUUCCAAGCACUGGCUCGCUGAUGUCACCGCGGAGGAGGGAGGAGGAAGAGAACAGGUGCGCGGGGUGAAGUUCCCUCUCCCGGCGAGGAGACUGUGACAGAGCGGAGGGAUUUACCAAGACAGGGCUCUGAUUUGAAUCCAGCAUUUUGAAGUUGUUGUUUUUUUACAGUAGAAACAAUUUUUUUUUUACACAUUUGGACUCCUGAGUGGAAUAUACUUUUGUUUGUUUAUUUAUUAGUAACGGGCUGUCGUGCGCACGAGCUGCGGGGCUCAGCCACCCCCUCGGCCCCCCGCUGCUGCUUCAGACGCCCGGAACAUCAGAACCAGCACUUUCCGCUUCAAUGCGACACUGACGCAGCUCAGCUGCUCGCUCUCUCUCUCUCUCUCUCUCUCUCUCUCUCUCUCGCGCGCAUCAUCAUCACGGGAGGAAGGUGUUGCUCGGGUCGAUCGUCAACAGAUAACAAAAAUUAAAGACUUGUGAUGGAAUACUGCGAGACGCGCAAUCAGACCCAACUUCUGCAGCCGCGCGCUGAUUGGCCCGCAGCGUCGUUUGCAUCUCAUUAGGGUUCGUCGUGCAGCCGAAGGGACACGCAUCGCUCCCGGGACUUUUUGCUGUCGGUCGUUUUCACAAACGGAGCGUUUCUUCGCAUCGCCCGCGCGACCGACCAUGUCCAAGACCCUGAAGAAGAAGAAGCACUGGUCCACCAAAGUGCAGGAGAGCGCCGUGUCGUGGGGCGGCUCCGGGGAGCUGGCCGCCGUGCUGGAGGUGCGCGGCGGCGCCGAGCUCGGGGAGUUCCCGCACCUCGGACACGUCGCCUCGGAGGCGAUGGUCGUGCACGCCGGCCGGUUCCCCUGCGGCGGGGACGUGCUGCUGGAGGUGAACGGCACCCCGGUGAGCGGACUCACCAACCGGGACACGCUGGCGGUCGUGCGCCACUUUCGGGAGCCCGUCCGACUGAAGACCGUGAAACCAGGAAAGGUGUUGAAUACUGAUUUGCGUCACUACCUCAGCCUGCAGUUUCAGAAGGGCUCCCUGGACCACAAGCUCCAGCAGGUGAUCAGGGACAACCUGUACCUUCGCACCAUCCCCUGUACCACUCGGCAGCCCAGGGAGGGGGAAGUACCCGGUGUGGACUACAACUUCAUCAGUGUGGGGGAGUUCCGUGAGCUGGACGAAAGCGGAUUGCUGCUGGAGAGCGGCACCUAUGACGGAAACUACUACGGGACCCCGAAGCCCCCCGCAGAGCCCAGCCCCGUGCAGCCCGACCUGGUGGACCAGGUUCUGUUCGACGAGGAGUUCGACUCCGAGGUCCAGCGGAAACGCACCACGUCCGUCAGCAAGAUGGACAGGAAGGACAGUGCCGCGCCGGAGGAGGAAGAGGAGGAGGAGAGGUCUCCCAUGGUCAACGGCCUGGCUGAGCACAAGGACAAGGCGGAGUGGCGGAAGACGGUGCCCAGCUACACCCAGUCGGCCGGGGCCAUGGACUUGCGUGUGUGGAACACGCAGGAUGACAGUCAGGAGCCCUUGCCCAAGAACUGGGAGAUGGCCUACACAGAGACGGGCAUGGUCUACUUCAUAGAUCACAACAGCAAGACCACGACCUGGCUGGACCCCCGCCUCGCCAAGAAGGCCAAGCCGCCUGAGAAAUGCGAGGAAGGAGAGCUGCCCUAUGGCUGGGAGAAGAUCGAGGACCCCCAGUACGGAACCUACUUCGUCGACCACAUCAACCAGAAGACCCAGUUUGAGAAUCCAGUCAUGGAAGCAAAGAAAAAGUUGAGUGUGGACACGCCCGCCGCAGAACCUCCGCCGGCAGCCACGCCCUCAGAAGAGCCCGGUAAGGGAGUGCGGGGCUUCACACGAGAUCCAUCUCAGCUGCAGGGUUCCAUCCUGCAGGCGGCUCUACGAAAAAGCCCCCAGGGCUUCGGCUUCACCAUCAUCGGAGGAGACCGACCCGAUGAGUUCCUUCAGGUCAAAAACGUCCUUCCCGAUGGGCCCGCUGCACACGACAACAAGAUCGCCUCAGGUGACGUGAUCGUGGACAUCAAUGGCGCGUGUGUGCUGGGGAAGACUCACGCUGAUGUGGUCCAGAUGUUCCAGUCCAUCCCCAUCAACCAGUACGUGGACAUGGUCCUGUGCCGGGGCUACCCCCUGCCCGAGGACUCCAGCAACAACAGUGACGAGGCCGCGGGAGGCGUCGGCGCCGCCAAGGACACUUCCCCGCCCCCCUCCGCCUCCACGCCGCAGGAGCCUCACUAUACCAUCCCGGACGGAGGAACCCUCUCCAAGAAGACUGCUGCGGUGGCGCCCAUGACCAACGGAGGACGCCACCACCACCACCACCACCACCAUCCUCAUCCCCACCACCACCACCACCACCACCACCUUCCUCACCAGGAAGGCCCUGACCCCACUCUGCUGCAGCCAGAGCUGGUGAGUGUGCCGCUGGUGAAAGGCCCCGGAGGCUUCGGCUUCGCCAUCGCGGAUUGCCCCCUGGGCCAAAAGGUGAAGAUGAUCCUGGACGCCCAGUGGUGCCGCGGCUUGUUGAAGGGCGAUGUCAUCAAGGAGAUCAACAGGCAGAAUGUCCAGACGCUGACCCACUCUCAGGUGGUGGACAUCCUCAAAGACCUGCCCGUGGGCAGUGAGGUCAACGUGCUGGUGCUCAGAGGAGGUCAGACGUCUCCCGUGAAAUCACUGAAACCGUGCACGGCUCCCAUGUCCCAGGCCGCAUCCCAGCCUACGCCUCCACAGGCAUCGCACACCGUACCCCAGCAACCGCCCCACCCGAGCUCCCAGCCCACGCCGCAGCCGCAGCUGCAGCGGCAGGAGAUGACCAACAGCAUGGAGGCCAUCGGCCCGCCGGAGAUCCCCCCCAACCCAAUCUCCUUCCCCGACAACACCCUGCACUCAACUUCCCCCAAACCGGACGCGUCGGACCUCUACCUCAAGUCCAGGGCCUUGUUGGACAGCAAGCCUCCUAAUACCAAGGACCUGGAUGUGUUCAUCAAAAGGAACCAGGAGUCCGGCUUCGGCUUCAGAGUCCUCGGAGGCGAGGGGCCGGAUCAGCCGGUGUACAUCGGUGCCAUCGUGCCGCUCGGUGCAGCCGAGAAAGACGGGCGCCUGCGGGCCGGGGACGAGCUGCUGUGUAUAGACGGCGUGCCAGUCAAGGGCAAAUCCCACAAACAAGUGCUGGAGCUGAUGACCAACGCCGCCCGCAACGGCCAGGUCAUGCUCACCGUCCGCAGGAAGCUGACGAGCGCAGACGGUGGUGGAGAGGAGGAGAGCGGCCAGCAGCCCCACCACGUUGCAUCCGCCCUGGUCAACAGCUCUCCCAAGAGCGCCGGCGGCGAGGUGGCGGGCGCCGCCCAGCAAGCGCCGCCCGCUCGGCCGGAGUGCUUCGACGUCACUCUGCAGCGCAGAGACAACGAGGGCUUUGGCUUCGUCAUCCUCACCUCGAAGAACAAGCCUCCCCCUGGAGUUAUACCUCACAAGAUCGGCCGCAUCAUCGAGGGCAGCCCGACGGACCGCAUGGGUCAGAUGAAGGUGGGCGACCGUAUCUCCGCUGUCAACGGCCGCUCCAUCAUGGAGCUGUCGCACAACGACAUCGUGCAGCUCAUCAAGGACGCGGGCAACGCGGUCACCCUCACAGUGGUGCCGGAAGACGACAGCGCUCCUCCGUCUGGAACGAAUUCGGCCAAGCAGAGUCCUUCGACGCAACACAGAGCUGUGGGCCAGCAGCCUCCCAGCCACCCAGAGAGGAAUGGCGACAGUGAGGGGAAGAGCGUGCCACAACAAAGAGAGACUGGUACACUCGUCCCAUCAGGCCCAAAGCAGGGCUGUUUUGUGGUGGAGCUGGAGCGCAGCCAGCGCGGCUUCGGCUUCAGUCUGAGGGGAGGGAAGGAGUACAACAUGGGGCUGUUCAUCCUGCGACUGGCUGAGGACGGACCUGCUCUGCACGACGGCAGGAUUCACGUCGGAGAUCAGAUAGUGGAGAUCAACGGCGAGGCCACCCAGGGCAUCACGCACACUCGGGCCAUCGAGCUGAUCCAAGCAGGGGGCAGCAGAGUCCACCUGCUGCUCCGACCCGGCCAGGGCCUGGUCCCGGAUCACAGUUCCAAGGACAAAGUAACCAUUCCAACCUCAAGCUUUCCCCGGGUCUCAGUAUUCGACGGGCAGUCCUCUCCGUCCUCCGCCUCCCUCUCUACCUCGGAAAUGUCCCCGUCCUCCCCCAAAAUGUCCGCCCUCGAUGAGUUCUCCGGGUCUCCCGGCGCCGGUCAGGAGCACGCCAGGCAGGCUAACAGAUCAGGAGGACAGCAGCUCCCUCACCACGGCCAUAAGCGCACCACCAGCCCGAGCGCCCGGCCCCGACAAACAAGCAGGGCGGACUCCAAGUCUGCCAGUCCCAAAAGAGCCACCGAGGGCCGGGCGGAUCCCGCCGAGCGCUCCCAGAGCCCUCGGAAAACAGAGCGAGGCCACAGCGGCGGAUCCUUGGAAGACAUGAGCAAGGAGAGGAGAGUCCAAGGCCAGAGAGACCACCACUCCGCGAGCCCCAGGAAGAGCUCCGCGAGGGAACAUGACCCCGCUGUGCCCUUGAAGAGCCCGGAGGAGCCGCAGAGCCCCAGGCGCCCGGCUGGCCAACUGCCCUCUGCAGAAGGGAGGGGCCGGAGGCACAAGGAGGAGGACGCAGCUCACCGGCAGGAGAGCGGCCACAGGAAGGGCAAAAGGGCUGAGCAGGAGGCUGCCGCACACAGAUCUCACUCCCAAACGCACGGGGAGAGGACGGGCUCGGACGCCGACAGCGGCACCCUGAGCCGAAGGAGCGCCAGAGAGAGGGGCGACAUGGAACACUGGGAGAGCAAGAACCACGGGCCGGCCGAGGACGUGAACAGGAAGGACCCCAGAGGCUCGAGCAGCAGCAUCCAGGACCCCGGCUGCAACGGGACCGCCGCCGGCGUCAAGAAGGCCCCCAUCACCCCCGGCCCGUGGAAAGUUCCCAGCUCGGCCAAGAUCCAGUCCCAGGUGGACACAACAUAUGCAGAUGUCUGAAAUCCUUCCCAGAGAAAGUUGCUGCGCCUGUGAACGUUGGGGAGUUGAAGGAUUUUUAUUUGUUUGUUGUUGUUCUCGGACAACGCAGAUCACUGUGUAACCAGCAACAUCGCCUCUCAUCGCCUUUUUUUCUCGUUUUCACCCAGUUUGCCUCGGUUAGUUCACAUCAGGCUGCUGUCGGAUCGGACACACGCUUGUUCCUACAUGAGUAUUUGUACUGAGCGAUGAUGAUCAUGUCGUGUGUGCGUGUGUGUGUGUAACAGAUGUUUUUUUGGUUUUUGUUAGAAGCGACACUGAAGUGUAUUUUGUGCCAGUUAUAAAGAGCCUCCGGUUAAAGAAGCUGCUCCUGCGUUGAACUCACUGUGAGACCGUUUGUGGGCGAUUGGAUGAACUGCUCCUCCCUCGUCCUGCGUCCUGCGUCCGCCCCGCGGCCAUGAAGGAUCCUGCUUUUUCUUUUUUUUUGUCACUUUGAAGGUUUAAGGCACAUUCUUGCAAUCACUCAGCUUCUCUUCCGGGCCAAAGACUGAGUCACUGUGGCUGUCACCGAUGGAUGUAGCUCCAAAAAAAAAAUGAGGCUGGUGAGUUUCUCUUAAAAUUGGCUGCACGGGGUGACGGAGUGUCUUUCUUAGUCAUUAACGGUGUGUGUGUGUGUGUGUGUGUGUGUGUGUGCGUGCAUGCGUGCGUGACUGCAUUCAAUCUGAUCCCGUUAGCUCAUCAGACGGUUUGGACAGAAAAAAACCCGGAGCUUUAUAUGCAUCAAUCAGCAGACCAGAUACUUGUGGUUAUAGUUCUAAUGUUUGUUACACGUCUGUUAAUAAUAAUAAUAAUAAUAAUAAAAGCAUAAUGUAAUUUAUUGAAAAUCUAUAUGUAAACAAAAACUGUUGCACACACACACACACGCGUGCCGUGCCGUCACUUCACGUUUGACGUGGAUUUUUUUUUAAAUACUGAAGUAGAAUGUGUACAUCGGCGUCAGCAGCACGAUCUAUGCAUUCUAUUUCUAGGAGUCCGUCGUCGACUGUUUUUGCAGCUCUGUACUUUAGGUCCUCUGGCUGUGUGUGUGUGUGUGUGUACAGGAUACAAGCUGACUGGUAAGCCUGUGUAUAUUUUCCUGAUAUCGCUGUAGCAUCGACUGUACUUAAUCAGAAACGUAUAUUAUUUUAACAAAACGAUGACACACAAACAUAUAUAUAUUGACACAGAAUUUAGACGAGUUGUUAUUAGCUUCAUUGUAAGGAGUGAGACCUCUGCCUUCAAAACUUACAUUUGAGAGAUAUUUUUUAUCAUCGUAAAACGUGUAGGCACACAAAAAACCCACAUGUUGUUUUUCCUCGCUCUAUAACCUCCAAAUCUAUUUUUGAUCUAUUUUUUUAUUUAGAACAUGACCAUUAAUGUGAGAGAGAGAAAAUAAUAAUAGUGUAUAUAUAUUUUUUUGCUCAGCUGUUGAUUAAUAACAACACCAUCGUCCGUCACUUUUGGGUAAUAAAUGAAGUCAGACUCCCGAAAGAAUGCAGCUAAUUUUCCCAGGAAGGAAGGAAAGGGGGGAAGGAAUUGGCGGUUGCACACACUGCACAGUGUGAAAAUGGCAUGACUGCUUUUUUUGUUGUUUUGUUUGGAGUUCUAUUUUUUAAAUGACUAUGAAGUUUAUCAAAUUUAAUGAAACAGGGACCUAAGCGUCAUAAGAAAAAUGUUGUUUUUUUUCUGUAUUUAUGAGAAUCGGUUGUUCCCUGCUCUGAAGAAGAAAAUGUAGUGUUGAUCGUCAAUAAGUUGCUGCUGUGGAAUCCGGAGACAUCGAGUGGUCUGGACGAAAACAGACGUACAGUAACACACGCAUCCCCUGGGCUCUGAGGCCAUGUACUAAUUUAUUGUCCACUUUUAUUGUCGAAUGAUGGGCUUACUGUAUUAUUAUUGACCAUGUAUGAUACUGUGGCCUUGCGUUGCUCCAACAUAGAGAAAGAAGAAAAGAAAAAAAGAAAAAGUCUCAUGAUUUUAACAUCACGGUAGAUGUAAAUGUUUAUAUAAAUUGUACAGCACCUGUGUAAAAUAUGCCUUCAUGCGGAUAGAAAAAAAAAAGACAAAAUCCUCUGUAAAUCGUUUUCAUUAUUUUUUUAAGGGGGAACCGAGAGGAAAUGAUAUAAAUAAAUUUAAAAAAUGGGUGAAAAUAAAUAAAUAAUCUGGUCAUGGCAUAUUCUGUUCAUGCACUGAUAAAUAAAGGUUUACUGAAUAAA